GGGAAGAAAAUGCGGAGAGAGAGAGACCCACUUGUUGUUGGUAGAGUUGUAGGUGAUGUCUUAGAUCCAUUCAAUAGGUCUAUAGCUCUAAGAGUUUCAUAUAAAUCGAGGGAAGUGACCAACGGUUGUGAUUUCAGGCCUUCGGUUGUGGUUAACCAGCCAAGGGUUGCCAUUGGAGGGGAUGACCUGAGGGUCUUCUACACACUGAUCAUGGUUGAUCCUGAUGCGCCAAGUCCUAGCGACCCCACUCUCAGAGAAUAUUUGCACUGGAUGGUAACCGACAUUCCAGCAACCACUGGCACAGCGUUUGGCCAAGAGAUUGUCUGCUACGAGCAACCGAGGCCGACGGUCGGGAUCCACCGCUUCAUCUUCGUGUUGUUCCAGCAGCUAGGCCGCCAGACGGUGUUCGCGCCUUGCUGGCGCCAGAACUUCCGCACGAGGGCUUUCGCCGAGCAGUACAACCUGGGCUUGCCCGUGGCUGCUGUUUACUUCAACUGCCAGCGGGAGUCAGGUUGUGGGGGAAGAAGAUGGUGA